AUGAUGAGCGAGGGGGGUUCUUCAUGCACAAGACCUGGACGGGGAUCUUCAUGCGCUGUUGCAGGAGGUCGUGAUCCAGAUGGGGUUGCGCCGAAAUGCUUCUGCGGCGUUUAUGCCAUUCUUUACAAGUCAAGAACAGCAUCUAAUCCCGAUAGGAUGUUUUUCGGGUGUCCCUUCUUCAAGGUUAAAGAACGGUGUUGCCGGUAUUUUGUCUGGCUUGAUGAACACUUGAAAAAAAUUAGGGCCAUGGAGUCUGAAGCAUUGGGUGCUGUGGAUGAUGUUGGAGGUGUAGACAUUGAAGAUCAAGUGCUGCGAAGUCAGGAAUUAGAAAAAAAAUUCAACUGUGGUGAGGAUGAUGAGUUGAUGUACAAUGUUGAUGAUGUAAUGAAAAUUGCCAUUGUUGGCUAUUCAAUGAAAAUUGCCAUUGUUGAAGAAAAAAAUAAGGUAAUAAUUCUGUGA